AUGACCACUUCAGGUGUCGCCAGCGGUGGUUCAAUCGCCAUGCAAGAUGCCAUUGCUGUCAAUUACCUGGUUCUCAGUUACAGAAUAACUUUCGUGAUUGGUCUCGGCUGUGUAGCGGUUGCCAAAUUCCUACUGCCUGAAUUUCUACAGUAUGGCAAGACUCUAUUACCGAGCGAUGGGCCCCAUAUCAAAUCGCGUUUACGAGUGAUUUAUUGCACGGUACCGAAGGUCUGGUUUGCCCACUUUUACUAUCUGUCCACCACACUAUCCUUAGUCAAUGUCUACCUGUACUAUAAGUCGCCGAUCGUUUGGCUCGUGGCAUUCCAUUCCAUUCGCCGAUUGUAUGAGACAAAAGUCAUCUGUAAGUAUUCAUCAAGCUCCAGAAUGAAUUGGUCGCAUUACGUGGUAGGAAUUUGGUUCUACACCGUUCUCAACAUAAUCAUAGGUCUGAAGCACUACGAGAGGAAAGUCGUGUAUUCGUUAAAGCCCUUUUCGUUUCUAAUAUUUUCUCUGGCUUCAUGGGAUCAGCACAACAACCAUCGCACCCUGUCGAAACUGGUCAAGUACUCGUUGCCAACCGAGGGGCUCUUUCGGUGGGUAUGUUGCCCCCACUAUUUCGACGAGGUUCUUAUCUACGCUUCCCUCGCGACAUAUAACCUGGAGUUCUGCUGGCUUUUACUGUGGGCAUUCGUGAAUCUAAGUGUCUCUGCCCUCGAGAACAAGAAAUACUACCUGGUCAGAUUCCCCAAAGCCCAGGUGCCUCAGUAUGCCAUAGUCCCAUUCAUAUUAUAG